UUCUGUUUAUUCACUGUUAUCCAUCUUAAGGAAAAACAAAAUGUAUGGUACAUGAUUGAACCUCAGUAGCAAUCAUACUAAUAAAAAAUCCAUUAAAUUAAACUACCUAUAAAUUUCCAUCUUCAUCCCCACCCUACCCCAUCGCUAUAACCAUGUUCCCCAAAACGAACGUUAUGUUAGUUAUGUUCAUCUUCCACUUCACCACCCACCCACCCUCACCGGUUUCCGGAUCCGACCCGGAUCCAAUCCAAGACUACUGUCUACCCUCUCCCCACACCCACCACCAAUGCAAAAACUCUUCAUCUCUCACCGUUGACGACUUCAUAUUUUCCGGCAUAAAACACCCCGGAAACUUCACCAACAAAUUCUCUGGAAUACCCGUUUCCGCCGCAGUCUUUCCAGCCCUUAACACACUCGGAAUGUCGCUAGUUAGAGCCGACUUCGAGGUUGGUGGCAUCAAUGUUCCUCAUUAUCAUCCUCGGGCCACCGAGGUGGCGUAUGUGCUUGAAGGGAAGGUUUAUUCAGGAUUUGUUGACACAAAUAAUAAAGUUUUCGCAAAAGUGAUUGAAAAGGGGGAUGUGAUGGUGUUUCCUAGAGGUGUGUUGCAUUUUCAGAUGAAUGUUGGUGAUUCUCCGGCUGCGGUUCUUGGGAGUUUUGAUAGCCAGAAUCCGGGGUCGAUGAAACUUCCGGUAGCUUUGUUCGGGUCCGGGAUCAAUGAGGAGUUGUUGGAGAAGGCUUUUGGAUUGAAAGAUAAAGAGAUUCAUAAGUUGAAGAAGAGAUUUGGGAGUGAAAAUGAAGAAUAGGUAUGAGUUUUGAGUUUGAGUUUGAGUAGUGUAUUUUAUUCUUUAUUGGUUUUAUUAUAGCAUGAAAAUUUGUUGAUGUAUGUUUUUAGCAAUAAGAGUUUUGGUAACAGA